AUGAAGUUCUGUCCUAGCAUCUCGGCCUUGCUGUUCAGCGCUCCUCUCCAAGCAGAAACUGGAGUAGGCGUUGCUGACUCGUGUUGUGCUGCCUUAUCAGCCAGCUCCGUGGGCCACCAGGUUGUUUAUCCUCACCACCAAGCUUUCGUCGAAUCUGUCGUGUCCUAUUACUCUCACAGUGUACGCCUGUCGCCAACCUGUAUCGUCCAACCGGAAUCCGUCGAAGAUGUGUCGGCAGCCGUGUCGACGUUGGUCCAAGAGGGUGGUUCUUUGUCCUGCAAAUUCGCCGUCCGUAGCGGUGGCCAUACCAUUUGGGCUGGAGCUGCAAAUAUUGAGGAUGGUGUGACAAUUGAUCUGUCAAAGAUGAAUAGUACGACUUACAAUCCUGAAAAUAAGACGGCAUCUAUCUACACCGGGGCUAGAUGGGCAUCUGUGUACAAGGCGCUGGAGAAGGAUAAGGUGAUCGUGGCUGGUGGCCGUGGCGGACCUGUGGGUGUUGGAGGAUUCUUGCUUGGAGGUGGAAAUUCUUUUCAUUCCGCAAGAGUCGGUUUCGCAUGUGACAACGUCGUCAACUACCAAGUCGUCCUGGCCAACGGUGCCAUUGUCGACGCCAACCGCAACACCAACCCAGACCUAUUCAAAGCCCUAAAAGGUGGCUCAAUCAACUUUGGUAUCGUGACUCGAUUCGACAUGAAAACGAUGCCUUAUGAGGGCAUCUGGGGCGGCGUGGUCACAUAUGACUGGUCAACUGCGUAUAAACAGAUUCCUGCCUUUGUGCGCUUUACGGACAACAUACACAAGGACCCAUAUGCAUCAUUAAUCACCAUGUGGUGGUAUGAUUCGAAGACGAACACGAACUCAGUUGUUAACGCACUGCAUUACACCAAGCCUGUGCCCUACCCUGCGGCCUACGACGAGUUCAAGCAAUUUGCUAACACGUCGGAUGGUGUUCGAAUUGAUAGCCAAUACAACCUGGUGGAAGAAUUGUCGCAGCCGGGCGAUUCUCGAAAUGUCUUUGUAACCGGCACGCAUGUCAACAAUGCCGAGAUCAUUCGCAAAUGCGCAGAGCUACACGAACAAGUCAUCGAAGAGGCCAAGAAGUACGCGAAAAGCAAGUCAUGGACCAUAGUGAUCAUCGUGCAGCCAUGGCCGAAAUUGUUUACUGAGCGUGGUUCCGAAAAUGGCGGAAAUGUUUUGGGCUUGGAGCGUUUUGACAAGAAUUUAAUUCAAACACUCUAUGACUACUGGUGGGACGAUGAAGCAGAUGAUGAGCUCUUCCAUCGUCUGGCAAGGUCCAUCCACCAGCAAGUGGAUGGAUACGCGAAGAUGAUCAAUGCGGAUAACGAGUUUGUCUACCUGAACUAUGCCGACAAGAGCCAGAAUCCGUUGAAGGGAUACGGAGAAGAGAAUGUAAAAUAUAUUCGGCAUGUGGCGAACAAGUAUGAUCCGCAUGGCGUCUUUCAGUACCAGGUGCCUGGAGGGUUCAAGGUCUCGAAUGUGAACUGA